CGCCAAUUUGCCAAUGGCUGUUCAAAAAUUUUGACACCUGUCAGGCUGAUAAUGUGUACGUCACCGGUAAAAAGUAAACAGUGCUAAAUUUUAAAAAGGGGGAAGAUGUUCAACAUUUUUGAGAAACUGAGGCGUUUUGAUGCAUAUCCCAAAACCCUCGAAGAUGUGAGAAUUAAAACGUACGGUGGAGCAGUCGUCACAAUAAUAAGCCUAACAAUAAUGACUUUACUCUUCUGGGUCGAGUUGGUGGAUUAUUUGACACCAAACGUGUCUGAGGAACUUUUCGUUGACACGUCACGAAGUCCAUCAAUUCAAAUAAAUUUGGACAUUAUUGUACCCACAAUUUCGUGUGACUUUUUAGCUUUAGACGCAAUGGAUUCCUCAGGUGAACAACACUUACAAAUUGACCACAACAUAUACAAGAGACGCUUAGAUCUGCAAGGGCAGCCAAUCGAGGAGCCAAAAAAAGAAGAUAUAACUAUAAAACGAAAAAAUUCAACGGAAGUUGCCACGGUGAACAAAACCGAGUGUGGAAGUUGUUACGGGGCUUCCUUUGACCCUAAGAGAUGUUGUAACACUUGUGAAGACGUUAGGGAAGCUUACAGGGAGAGAAGGUGGGCGUUCCCUGAAAACCCCGAAAACAUAACUCAGUGUAAAGAGGAACGGUUUAGUGAGAAACUGAAAACUGCGUUUGCACAAGGGUGCCAAAUAUACGGCUCCCUCACAGUUAACAGAGUCAGUGGUAGUUUCCACAUAGCCCCCGGCAAAAGUUUCAGCAUAAAUCAUGUGCACGUACAUGACGUCCAACCCUUUUCGUCAACCGAAUUCAACACAACACAUAAAAUAAGACACCUGUCUUUUGGGGCCAGCAUCGACAGCGACACCCACAACCCCCUCAAAGACACGGUAGGGCUUGCAGAAGAAGGUGCUUCAAUGUUUCAGUACCAUAUAAAGAUCGUACCCACUGCCUAUGUGAAACUGGACGGUCAGUUUAUUAGUGCUAAUCAAUUUUCGGUUACGAAACACCGGCGAGUGAUUUCGUUAAUGAGUGGUGAGUCUGGAAUGCCGGGGAUUUUUUUCCAGUAUGAGUUGUCUCCACUUAUGGUCAAGUACACGGAACAGAGCCGCUCGUUCGGUCAUUUUGCGACCAAUGUGUGUGCGAUUAUUGGUGGGGUGUAUACAGUGGCCGGGCUGAUUGAUACGAUGUUGUAUCAUUCAGUGAAACUUAUACAGAAGAAAAUCGAGUUGGGGAAGUUUCAUUAGAAAUAUUAUUUUAGGACUUGUAUAAUGUAUAAAGUAUAAAUAGUGUUAAGGAUUUGAUAUGACUGGACACUUUUCGAAAUAAACGACACAGUACA